GACGCUCAUCCCUUCAUCUCUAUGGUAGGAUUGGUUGGCACCAUUCUGUCUCCUCCUCACCUCUAUGGUAUGGCCUGUUAGAGCCACUCUAGGCCCCCAUCCCACCACUCUAUAGUCAGUCCCUUGGGAGCCGUCAGGGCUUGUCUGGAUACUCAUCCCAUCAUCUCUAUGGUAGGGUUGGUUGCCACCGCUCUAUCUCCUCUUCACCUCUAUGGUAUGACCCAUUAGGGCCUCUCUAGGUCCCCCAUGUCACCACUCUAUGGUGCAACCAAGGGCGCCACUCUGGGCUCUGUCUCUAUGGUCACCCCUGGGAGACGUUGGGGCUUGUCUGGACGCUCAUCCCUUCGUCUCUAUGGUAGGAGCCGUUGGUUGACCCGUCUCCCCUCACCAGGGCGAUGGCGGCGGCCACUCGGACGCAGGGACUCGGCGCCACCCUUGCCGCUGCCAUCGUGGUGCUGGCCCUCUGCCUGCUGCCGCCCCCCGCCGCCUCGCACGACGGCCACUCGCACGAGGACCUGCACCAUGGCCAUGGCCACUCUCAUGAGGGCAUGUACCAUGGCCAUGGCCACUCACAUGAGGACCUGCACCACGGCCAUUCUCACGAGGGCAUGUACCACGGCCAUGGCCACUCGCACGAGGACCUGCACCACGGCCACUCGCACGAGGGCAUGUACCACGGCCAUGGCCACUCGCACGAGGACCUCCACCAUGGUCACGGCCACUCGCACGAGGGCAUGUACCACGGGCAUCAUGGCCACUCGCACGAAGACCUCCACCAUGGCCACAGCUACCCGCAUGGGCACCACGGCCACUCGCACGAGGACAUGUACCACGGCCACUCGCAUGAGGACACCCACCACCCCUCGCACAAGCGUUUGCCCCCAGAUCCCCCCAAACCGCCGCCGCCGCGGAAGGACACGGUGACGCUGUGGAUGCACACGAUGACGGCCACCCUGGUGAUCAGCGCCGCCCCGUACCUCGUCCUCUUCCUCAUCCCGGUGGAGUCCAACGCCCCCCGGCACCAGGGGCUCCUCAAGCUGCUCCUCAGCUUCGCGGCGGGGGGGCUGCUGGGGGACGCCUUCCUCCACCUCAUCCCCCACGCCCUGGCUCCCCACACGCAUCACGGUGAUGGUGGCCACGCACACUCCGAGCCGGGUGGCCACGGCCACUCGCACCACGGCCACGAGCACGGGCGCAUGCUGACGGUGGGGAUGUGGGUGCUGGCCGGCAUCGUGGCCUUCCUGGUGGUGGAGACCUUCGUGCGACACGCCAAGGGUGGCCACGGCCACGGUCACGGCCACAGCCACGGGGUGAAGGCCAAGAGCAGCUCCAGCGAAGGUGAGGAGGAGCCGGGGGCGGGGGGACGGAAGGAGAAGGCGGCCACCAAGGGCCACCGCGGCAAGAGCCGGCCGGCGGGGAAGGCCACCGAGGAGUCGGGUACGGGGGACACGGGGACACCAGGGGGGUGA